AUGCUAGCGACGCCACCGCCAUCGCACACCCGCUGCUUCGUCCCGCCCCUCACCAUGAUGAGCAGCUGGUUUUCGCGCAUGAUCGCCUCCUCCGCCGCGGCCACUCCGCCCGCCGGGCCGCAGUUCAUCGUCAUCGGCUCCGGCGUGUCCACUGCCAUUCCCCGAAUUUCAUGCGUCAUGCGCCCGAAGCCCGGCGACGCGUGCAAGACCUGCCACGACGCCGUCAACAACCCCUCGGGCCCGAACAGGCGCGGCAACGUGUCCGCCCUGGUCCGCCUGGGCGGGAAGAACAUCCUCAUCGACUGCGGGAAGACCACGCGCGACGCCGCCAUUACCCACUUUCCUAAGAACGGCGUCCGGAACGUCGACGCCGUCGUCCUCACGCAUGGCCACGCAGAUGCUAUUCUGGGCCUUGAUGACUCGCGAGAUAUUCAGCAUGGCUCCACGAAAAAGGAACUUCCCAACGGCGAAACGCAGUGGAUACCCCCAAAUCCCAUGCAAAUCUUUUUGAAUGAGGAAACCAUGCGCGUGUGUCAGACUGUCUUUCCGUAUUUGGUCCCGGAGGACCAGCGCAUUGCCUCGGAAACGUCGACGGAAUCGGGAGAUCAGUGUUGUGAUGGGGAAAAGAAGAAAGACAUUCCGAGGCGAGUGGCCACCUUGAAAUGGAAUCCAUAUCCGGUGUCUGAAUAUUUCGUCCCUUUUCGACCGGUUGAAGACGUUGACGUAACAUUUACACCAUUUCCGAUGUGGCAUGGGGGUACUUAUGUCUGUAUGGGUUUCUUGAUUAAGAUGCGGGAAGCUCCCGAUGCGGACGAGGUGGUUAUUUUAUAUAUGAGCGACCUUAACGACUUGCCUGAUGAUUCGGAUAGCUUCAUCACCGAGGUAAAGGAUAUAGACCUGCUCGUCGUUGACAUGCUCACCAAGUCUACCCUCAAUAGAUCACAUUUUGACUAUCAAGCCUCAAUAGACAUGGUGCGCCGCUUGAGACCGAAGAAGGCCGUCGCCGUAGGUAUGACUUGCUCCCUCGGCUUACAUGACGAUGUCAACCGAGAACUUGCUGAGCUGGAUAAAGAAGGAAUCGACUUUCGUUUGUCCUUUGACGGACAAGUGUUUCAAUUCUGAUCCAUUGCAUUUGAGUUUCCGGCGUUUUUGCUCACCCUCACUUCUAAGACCCGGUCAGGGAGUUUGAGGAUGCUGCAAAUGAUCUCACCUGCUCUGAAGCACUUGGUGAAAAGGAGGAACACAAAAAUUCCAUUCUUGUGAAAAUGCUACACGUAUCUCCGGAAAUUUUUGUGAAACAGCUUCUUGUAGGGUUUAAAUAUGAACGAGGUCACCUGUAACGCUGAAAUUAUUGCUUCAUCGCUUGAAACUUGCUUUUUUCCGGUUCGAUUCUACAACAGAAGAAGUAUCAAGCACGAAUCUUUCUGCUAGAGCCACAUUCUCUUGUACUCUAGAGGGAGCCUAGAGUAUUUUCGAGAAGAGGGCAACUCUUCGCGUUUAUUCGUCAGCCAACACACUAUAUUUACCAACCACGUUUAUUUAUCAAAGCUGAAUUCCCUGGAAAAUUUGAGAAUGCAAAGCUUGAAGAAGAUUACUUUUCUCCACUUGUGAGAACUGUUCUUCGAGUGACGAAGCAGGCGUGGUUUAAAAAGAAAAACGACAACCGAAAAAUUGUGCAGGAUGACGGCACGCGCAGUGUUUGACAAAAGAUUCAAAACCUUACCGCGAUUUGCGUAUUCCCAAAUCCAGGAGCAACUGACAAUGGAAUAUCUCUCCACAUAGUACCAUUGCUCAUUCUCCCAUGUAAAGCUGCGGCCCUUCUCUUCACCA